UUUUCAAUAGUGCAAUAUGGUGCAGAGAUCAGGACAGAGCUGUCACUGCUAGACAGUGAGGAUCAUGCCAGAGCUUUGCUAAAGGUCAAAGAUAUAAAGCAACUUGGCACGAUCACCAAGACCGCCUCAGCCAUCCAUCAUGUCCUCACAGAUAUUUUCAUCCCUGAGAAUGGAUCAAAAAAUAACUCAAAAAAAACAAUCAUUGUAAUGUCUGACGGGAAAAUGUCGGGAGACUUAAUGAAUCUUUCAGAUGUUUUGAACAUGCCACAAAUGAAAGGUGUCACUCGCUAUGUCAUAGGAGUUGGUAGCGACAUUCUGGAUAAAACUGAAGCAAUAGAAGAGAUGACACAAAUAGCAGAUCCUGAUAAAUAUUACAAGGUUUCCAGUUAUGCAGCAUUAAAUGACAUUCAGUCCUCACUGGAACAAAGUUUAAUUGAUGAUGCUGGGACAGAGAUUGUUUUUGUGCUGGAUGGCUCUGGUAGCAUUGAACAUGAUGACUUUCAGAGAGCCAAAGACUUCAUCUACAAAGUCAUGUUCAGUGUUUGGAAAACAUGUUUCAAUGCGAGUAUAAACUUAAGCAUUUUAUGAUACACAUU